AUGAGUGAAGUUACGUUUCUCAUUCCUUUUGCUGCUGUACAAUCUGCCAUGGUUAUGCGCCUGUACGCACUGUCAAAUGGGCACAAGAAAACUCUGAUGUGCAUGACCAUCUGUCUUCUGCUGGAGCAGUCAGUGAAUGCCAUCGUGUCAGGUGUUGCAUUUCGCGGAAUGAACACUUCAACGAUGACGGAAGCUAACUUCUCGGGGGUUUACGCAUGCAUGUAUAGUUCACUCAGUUUGCCGGUUUGGGUCAUGACGAUCGUCAAAUGCGGGUUCUUGCUCUUCCAAACCAUCAUUAUUGCCUUGACAUGGCAUCGCUUUUGGGUCUAUCUCAGGGAGACUCAACAGCGGCUGACUUUUGAGCUCUGGUCGAAGGAUGAUAUAUGGAUUGUCCUCGUAAGAGACAACACCAUGCUUUACCUCGUAUCAUCUUUACCUUUGAUCUUUGUCGCAAUAAUGGACGCAGAUCAAGGUCUUUCUGAGGUCAGCCGUCUGAAUCACCAAGUCGGCGGCAACGUUACUGAAGCACCGUCACUGUCUCUUGCACAGACUCCCACUCUUGGGCUAUCGGUGAUUAGCGUCGUCCUGGAGCUUCUAUGGACCUCGGUAAUCGGCCCACGCAUGAUCCUCAAUAUCAAAGGAUACGACACACCCGUUAGGAUGAGCCAGGGCCCGGCGACGUUGCCAGUCAUACAGGACAAAGCAACGAAGUGCGACAUUCAACUAAGCAUCAUGGUGCAUAGGGAAACUUCCAUCAUUGAGUAG